AUGUCGAAUCCGAUAUCUCAACUAAAUACAAACAGUUUUUCGUCUGCGCGCCGGCCCCGGCCUGGUGCGCCUAGCGAGGCCCAUCCCAUCAGAACAGCCUGGGCCCUACGGCCGCCCUUCACACCACUCGGUUCCCACACCACUCUGUCCCCCGGCCCGCGUCUUGCCGGAUCGUUGCCGAAAAUGAACCCCCGGACGCUCCGCGACAUCGUCAAGCACGUGGCCGCGCAGCCCCCCAAAAAACUCGCCCCGCCGCAGGUAUCCGAAAUCCACGCGAAAUGCACGUUUGCAGAGGGCUUGGCCGAGCUUGUCUCCGGCCCGCACUUCCAGGCGGCCGCCUGGCGCCUCUUCCACGCGGACGCCCCCAACUCGCAUCUCGAGUUGCUUCUCCAGAUGGCCUCCUACGAAUUCGAGGCGUUGGGGCAGGCCACGUGCCUUGCCUCCAUGCUAGCCGAGCCGCUCAAGCUCCACGAGUUGACGCUGCGUAUCUUGAAGGCCACCAUGGCCCUCCGGAAGCAGGAGUCCCGUCUCCAGACAUGCGCCCUCUUGUUCUUGAGAGUGCUCCUAGCGGCGCUGCCCGCCGUGCUUGUGGAGCAUCCUUUGUUUCCCCAAUGGAAGGAACUGAUGUUCGGAAGCUACGCCAGGGCGUUGAGAAAGAGGCCGCGCGACCAUGCCGUCCCGGCGCUGCAUUGGCACAGCUUCCUCCACUUCUGCAUGGCGUGUGCUGUGCUGCCGCAAGAGGAAUGUCGCGACAUCAUCCGCGACUCCUGGCUCCCCUUUCACUUCAUGCGCGACGGCUUUGACUACCCCGCCCAGCGGUUGGCCUCCUUGCUCUGGCUCCAGCUCCGGCCCAAGAUCCCUGGCUUCUCCGUGCUUUUGAACGCCAUCGAAAGACAGGGGCUCCAGGGCAAACUCCCUCUGGCCGAGCGGGCUUCGCUGCCGCUCGACGUCUCUGCCGAGGAGCUCACCGGAAACCUCCUUACCCUCCCCGCCGACGGCCUCGUUGCCUUGGCGAGGGAGUUUGGCUGCCAAGCCGAAGAAUCCCCCGACUUCCUAGCCUCAGUAGUCACCGACUUGGCGCUCGAUUGUAACUUGAGCUUCCGCAAACUACACGAGCACUCAUCGUUCACAGAGAAUGACGUGUUUGACUUGUUUGACGGGAGCGCUCUCGUGCCCUUCUCUCCAGACCCAACCUUUCCCUCCUUUAUGCCGAUGUCCCCUUCGUGGGUUUCCCAUACAAGAGCGCGGAAUGCCUUUCAAUACCUUAAGCAGGUCAAUGCUCGGUCGAAAAAUGUUCUUGAAAGGCUCACGAUCACUGACCCGUCUACGGAAAAGGGCAUCAAAGGAUCCAGCAAAUACUUCUCGGAGAUUCAGAGCAUGAAGAUUGCGGGCAGCAAGGCUCAACUAGCACUCAAAAACAAAAGACUCAUCUCAACUCUCAAGGCCGGCGACUCUGUUCUUCUUCUCGAAAUUCACAAACCAAAUCGACACGGCGGUGUUGGUCGGAUUGUGAGGUAUGGCAUAUAUAGUUGUAUCCUCACAAAAGUGCACGAUUGCCACGAUGACGUACUUGUUGAUUGGAACUCGAAUGGUGUAGCCGACACCUACAAUGCCUUGAUCUUACUACCUUCUCCCGAUGAACAGCCUUUACUCUUGGAUGACGAUGACGCGUUAUCAAAAUCUUUGAUUGGCGUUUGGAACAAAGAAAACCAAAUUGUUGCGCCUCAAUUCUCGGUUGAUUGUAUUAGCGGUGAGGCCUUGGAAUCUUUUGGAGCUGUCUCGGUUGAAAAACGAAAGAAACUCGAUAAUAACUACUCUGCCCAAAAGAACAGCUCUUACAAACUCGCCAAUUGCGAGAUAACCCUUUCAAAUGCGACCACAACCACAACGCCUGAAGAUGUUUCUGAGGCACUCAUACAGAUGUUGCUGCGGAAGAGCGUCAUGAUUGAAAAUCCUAGGGGCAAUGUAACAAGUACAUUGAUCGGGGCGUUCUUGAGAAACGUCUCCGUGAAUUGGCCAGAGGAAACAUGCCUAGUUGUCAUGCCAACAAAAGCAGCUGUUGAAUUGUUGCAUAUUGAAAGCGCACUUUCAUCAAGUUGUUAUAAGGCUGGUUCAAGCAAUGAAUACGUGGCACAAAGAAUAGAGAUGGCACUCAAAAACCUAGAAAAAGUUGCAAAGCUAGGCGAGGUUUUGGGCUUGGAAGAGUACGAUUUCCUGUCUUCUAUUCGCAAUGCGCUCAUGUUAUACCAUUCACACGUGGAGCCGAAAUGGAGACAAUUUUUGAGCCUGCUAUCAAAAGAAAACUUCACCGGCUAUCCUUUUGCACUGAUUCAAGAAGAGACAUUCGAAAGCGCAGUUGACAAAAUCGUUGAUGACUAUUCAUCCAUUCGUUCAAUUUUUGCUGAAAUUGAAGAAUGUCUUCCUCUUGAUAAUUUCGAUUUGCGCAACUUGAAAGCAGGUGAUUAUGACCAAAUCAGACGUUUUUUUGCGGCGCGGGCGAAGUUUCUAGUCUUGACAGAUGCGGAUCUAGCAAGUGUUGACAGAACUUUCGAUAAUAUCAUCGUGCAUAAUGUAUCAUCUAUUCCUCUUGUAAAGGGGGGCUUCAAGAGACUUUCACUUCUUGGUGACUCGACCAUUGAUUGGGCUACCAGAGUUCUGAUAAAAUCUUCAGAGUCUCGAAACGAGAUCGCUCGAUUAACUGGGUGGACAGGAGUCAAGAUCCAAGCCUCAUUUAAUCCUGGGUUUCGAUAUUGCGCUCAACACAUCAGGCUUCCGAGCACAAAGAGCAGUGCUAAUGUUGACGAAGCAAAAUUCUGUGUCUACUUGUAUCAGUACAUGAGAAUCUUGGGAUAUCCGUGGUCAAAGGUCCUGAUUGUUGUGAAAUUAGAGCAAAUGAGAUGCUUGAUCGAGGAAAUACUCCUCGAGCGACAAAUCCGAAAAACUGAUUUGUCGUGCGACACGCCGGGAAUGUUUUCCUUCGGAUGGCCGAUACUCCAGAGUUUGCAUAAUUGCUCUGCUGGGGAUUAUUUGAUUGUCUCUUGCAGUGGUGAGCCUAGCUUGCGUGAGAUCCAAGGCUUGACAGCGCUGAGCAAAAUGGGUCUUUAUCUAGUCGGGUCUAAAGUCGACUAUCUCUCUAAAAUACACUCAGGAGAGUUGGAUCUUGUUUUCAAGGAGACGUAUUUGACUGGUAAAAGAACAUCCAAAGACUUUCAGUCAAUGGCCAGCGCAGACAAGAUGGGCGAAUACGUGGAUCGAUUACUAAAACAAAAAUAA